AUGACCCUAAUUGCCCUCCCAGGCCCUGUUGCCUACUCGCCCUUUCGCAUCACUUCUCUCAUCAACCACAUCAAUACAAGCUUAAACUCUUCAGCUGUCGUCGCUAUUAGAUCCGUCUAUGUCCACUAUGCUGAUAUCGCACCAACUUCUUCAAUUCUCGAUAACUCUAACAAUGAAAAACUAGCUCUCCUUAAAACUCUCCUCGAAUACGACUCAAAGCCUGACCUCUCUGACACUCUUACCCAGGCUCUCGUUGAUUCGAUAUCAUCUUCUUCAGACUCACAGAAAUCAAUCCUCCCAAAUCAACCCACAAAGGACGACUCUUUAGAAUCUUCAACCCUCCCAGAAAAUACUUACCUUAUCAGAGUCAUCCCCCGCCCAGGAACUGUCUCCCCAUGGUCCUCCAAAGCUACAAACAUUGCCCAAGUCUGUGGCCUCGCUGAUGACGUUCUCCGUAUCGAACGCGGCAUCGACUUCAUCUUCCAGGUCCGCAAAAGCUUCCCCUUUGAAGAGUACCUUAAAUCAGGCGUUUUCCUCGAUUACGUCUACGAUAGAAUGACCCAGUACAUUCCUCUAACCAAACCUUCCAGCAAUGAUCUCUUUGCUCAUCACUCUCCUAAACCCCUUGUCCAUGUCCCCCGUAACGGCAUCCCAGAAGCAAACAAGACUCUCGGCUUAGCCUUGGACCAAGCUGAAAUCGACUACCUCGUUGAUUCUUUCCCCGCUAGAGAACCAACCGACGUUGAGCUCUUCAUGUUUGCCCAAGUCAACUCAGAGCACUGCCGUCACAAAAUCUUCAAUGCAGACUGGAUCAUUGACAAUGAGCCUAAACCAUACACCCUCUUCAAAAUGAUUCGUAAUACCCAUAACACAAACCCCCAGUAUACCAUCUCCGCAUACUCUGAUAACUCUGCCGUCCUCCAAGGUGCAAAGGCUUACUUCUUUGCCCCAGACCCUCAAUCCCACAUUUAUUCAAUGGACCCGGAAACACAGCACUUUUUGGCUAAGGUCGAAACCCAUAACCAUCCAACCGCUGUCUCCCCCUUCCCAGGCGCUGCAACCGGCUCUGGUGGUGAAAUCCGUGACGAAGGUGCUACUGGCCGUGGCUCCCGCCCCAAGGCUGGACUUGCUGGCUACGCUGUCUCUGAUCUUCUUAUCCCAGACUUUAAACAACCUUGGGAACUUGACGUUGGCAAACCAGCUCACAUCUCAAGCGCCUUAGACAUUAUGCUCCAGGCUCCCAUUGGUGCCGCCUCAUUUAACAAUGAGUUUGGCAGACCAAACAUUGCUGGUUACUUUAGAACCCUCACAACAACCGUCACCAAUGCCGCCGGCAAACAAGAAAUCCGUGGCUUCCACAAACCUGUCAUGGUUGCUGGUGGUCUCGGUACCGUUAGACCCCAGUUUGCUCUCAAGGAUCGUGGCAUUAACCCAGGCUCUGCAAUUAUUGUCCUUGGUGGCCCUGCAAUGCUUAUUGGUCUUGGUGGUGGUGCUGCCUCCUCAGUUGCCUCCGGUGAUGCUGCUGCCCACCUCGACUUUGCCUCUGUUCAACGUGGCAACCCAGAAAUGCAACGCCGUGCCCAAAUGGUCAUUGAUUCCUGCGUCGCUCUUGGCCCUGCAAACCCUAUCCAGUCCAUCCACGACGUUGGUGCAGGUGGCCUCUCCAACGCCCUCACCGAGCUUGUCCACGAUAAUGACCUAGGAGCAAAAUUCGAGCUUCGUGACGUCCCCAGCAUUGAGCCCGGCAUGUCCCCCAUGGAAAUUUGGUGUAACGAGGCCCAAGAACGUUACGUCCUUGCAGUCGCCCCCAAUGACCUUGAGGCCUUUGAAGCUAUUUGCAAACGUGAACGCGCCAUUUACGGUGUUGUUGGUCAUGCCACUUCUGAAAAGCGCUUGAUCCUUACUGACCGUCUCCUCGGCUCUACCCCCAUUGACAUUGAAAUGUCUGUGCUUUUUGGUAAACCCCCUCGCAUGGUUCGCAACACCACAACAAAGCCCCUUAGACUCUCCCCCUUUGAUCACUCCUUGGCUGCUUACAAUGUCUCCCCCGUUGAUGCUGUUUCCACCGCUCUUGAGCGCGUCUUGUCUCUUCCCUCGGUCGGCUCCAAGUCUUUCCUCAUCACCAUUGGCGAUAGAUCUGUUACUGGCCUAAUCACCCGCGACCAAAUGGUUGGCCCUUGGCAAACCCCUGUCUCUGAUGCUGCAGUCACCCUCUCCUCAUUUGGUGUCCGCCACGGUGAGUCCUUUGCCUGCGGUGAGCGUCCCUCUUUGGCUUUUAUCAACCCUGGCGCUUCCGCUAAAAUCGCUGUCGCUGAAUCUCUUCUUAACCUCUACGCUUCCGAUGUCCAGGAUCUCCAACGCGUUCGUCUCAGUGCAAACUGGAUGUCAGCUGCUUCCCAUGAAGGCGAGGGUGCCGCUCUUUACGAGGCCGUCCAGGCCAUUGGUCUCGACCUUUGCCCUGCCCUCGGCGUCUCUAUCCCCGUUGGCAAGGACUCCAUGUCUAUGAAGAUGAAGUGGAACGGCCGUGAAGUCACUGCUCCUCUUACUUGUAACAUUACUGCUUUUGCUCCCGUUGACGACGUUUCCCGUACUUGGACCCCCCAGCUUCAGCGUAUCCAAGACUCCAGCCUUGUUUUGGUUGACCUUGGUCUUGGCCAAAACCGUCUUGGUGGCUCUGCUCUUGCCCAAGUCUUUGGCCAAGUCGGUAAUGAGGCCCCCAACGUGGACGAUAAUUCUCUUCUCAGAACCUUCCUUAAGACUCUUGAAAAACUCCACAAGACUACUAAUCUGGUCCAAGCUUACCACGACAGAAGUGACGGUGGUCUCAUUACCACUCUCCUCGAAAUGGCUUUUGCCGGCCGCGUUGGGCUCGACAUUAACCUCGAAACCUCUUCUGGCGAUGCUAUUUCUCAGCUCUUCAAUGAAGAGCUUGGUGCUGUUUUCCAAGUGACUGACGCUAAUGAGUUUAUUACUCUUCUUACUGAAGAAGGCAUCCCAGCUCAAGCCAUUUCCAUUGUUGCCCAGGUCAAUACUCAAAAGGAACAAUACGUUAACAUCUCUUACGGUGGCUCCCGCAUCUACUCCAACAACAGAGCCACUCUGCAGCAGGUCUGGUCCAGCACCUCCCACCGCCUCCAGCGCCUUAGAGACAACCCAAAGUCUGCCGACCAAGAGUUUUCGAACAUUCUCGACAACUCCGACCCUGGUCUCUCUUUCAAGUUAACUUAUGAUCCUACUGAAAAUAUUGUCGCCAAUCUCUUGCCCCAAAAGCCCCGUGUCGCUAUCCUCCGUGAACAGGGCGUCAAUGGUCACAAUGAAAUGGCCUACGCCAUGAUGCUUGCAGGCUUUACUCCAGUCGACGUUCACAUGUCGGACCUUGCUGCCGGCCGCUUUGAUCUGGCUGACUUUGUUGGUCUGGCUGCUUGCGGUGGCUUUUCUUACGGUGAUGUUUUGGGUGCCGGUGCCGGCUGGGCCAAGAGUGUUUUGUACAAUACCGAGCUCCGCACUAUGUUCAAGCACUUUUUUAACGACCGCAAAGACACUUUUGCUCUUGGCGUGUGCAACGGCUGUCAGUUCUUGUCCCGCCUUAGCAGCAUCAUUCCAGGCGCUGAAAACUGGCCCCUGUUUGAGCGCAAUGCCAGUGAGCAGUACGAGGCCCGCACUGUCAUGGUCGAGGUGGUUGACGAUGCAACCAACUCUGCUCAGGACCAGCCCUCCAUUUUCUUUUCUGGCAUGCGUGGUUCGCGUUUCCCCGUGGCAGUGGCCCAUGGCGAAGGCCGUGCGUCAUUUGAGUCGCCUGAGGCGGCCAAACAGUUUGCCAAAGAUAACCUCACGGUGCUGCGCUUUGUAGACAACUACGGCAAGACUACAGAACGCUAUCCUUACAACCCCAACGGCUCACCCGAAGGCAUUACAGGUAUCCGCACGCCCAAUGGUCGUGUGCUGGCUUUGAUGCCUCACCCUGAGCGUGUCACGGUGCUUGAAACUAACUCAUGGUACCCAGACAAUGUGGCUGAAGGUCCUUGGCUUCGUCUGUUCCGCAACGCUCGCAAGUGGGUUGCUUAA